CCGACGAUAUGCUUUUGCUGUCAGAAUACAUAUAGCAUCAGUUUAUGUCAAACCUUCAAUUUCCAGAUGUUAGAUCACAUGACAAGGACGAAGACUUCUAGAACGACGAGCUGAAGUGAAAUUGCGCUUAUGUAUUUUGUAACUACACGCCCCUGGUGUAAUCGAACAUACGUCACACUCACACUACUACAUAAGUAUUGUAAAUUAACUCACCUUGACCUCUUUUUCCAAAAAAUGGUAUGCUAUGUUAAUAGCACAAAUGCUGGAUAACUUCUUAUUACAAACACGCAUAUUCACAAAUAAAAAGAUCUCC